GUCUCCAGUCUAAUUCACUGCCAAGUGUGAGAGAGUAGAGUGAGGGAUGACAAAAUCAGAUGUAUACUGGUCGUGCUUGGGGUAACAACGUGACUGUUAUAUCUAGGUGACGUAAAGAGGUUUGCAAUACCUACUACUAUCAACACAUAAGCCUGGGAUUCAUUGUGCGAUUUGAAAGAUCAAAUACUCUGAUGAUUAUCGAAGAUAUUUACAUCUACGUCUCAUAUUUAUCACAUCAAGCACAAGAGGAUACUUAAUAUUAAGUUUGUCAAGACACCACUGUCACAAUGGCACUAAUUGACGGCCAGGAAACAUACAUAGGUCUUAUCCUGAAAUGGCUACAUGACAACAACAGUACAGAGGGCGUGGACUUCACACAACCGCACGUGCGCCGUUCCCUGAGGUAUGUCUACCCAUUGUUUAUGUUCCUACAUGCCGCUGUAGGAAUAUUUGGACUAGUUGGGAACAUCGCCAUCCUCAUUGUCAUCGGCAAAAGAGGAUUAUAUAAGGACCAGACCUUUUUCUUUUUGGGUAAUAUCGCCUUCUCAGAUUUGAUCAAAUGUAUGUUUGUCCUGCCAGUGACAUUGUCGAAUUUAUUAAUUGGCAAUUGGGUUUUUGGAAGCUUUUUGUGUUUCUUCCUUCCCAUGAUGCAAUGUUUUCCCAUUCAUUCCACCAUGCUUACCUACUUGAUGAUAGCGAUCGACAGGUACCGCUUGAUAGUGACGCCAUUUAAAGCGAGGGCUCCGGCUGGAUUGUGUAUUAUAGGGGUGUGGGUGGCAGCUGUUUGUCUCGUUCUACCCUUUGCUGUCUAUCUCCGGUACAUUGACCUUGGCUCUAUACUAGGAGACCGAUUUGAGGGAGUCGGUAUUUGCUACGUUAAUCAGGAGCGACAUAUUGAAGAAUACAUACGUGCCAUGUUUGUGACGUUGUACGCUAUGCCAUUAGCGGUGAUUGGAUUCUUAUGUGUUAAGGUUUCCGCGGAACUGAAAUCUUUGGAGACGGUAACGAUAUCGGUUCAUUUCUCAGCACCAUCGGAAAUGUGCACGCAUUCGGAACAAUCCUAUAAUUCACGAAUCAGGUGGGCAGAUCCCGAUACAGAGUCGUCCCGGUGCGACACGGACGCCCCAAGUAGCGAGUCGCGAUCCCCAAAGGACUACACUGACGGCGCCACGCAAGACAGCGACGAUGACCUUGACCUUGCCAAAGAAAAGAGAACACAAAAUUAUCUCAUCGCCAUGGUAACGCUAUUUGCUAUAUGUUGGUGCCCUCUGAAUAUUUUGAUUCUGGUGCAGUUUUUCGUCCACGAGAAUGGAAACAAUACCGGACAUUUUGAUAUCACGUAUACAACAUUUACUGUGUUUGGUUUCCUCUCCACGUGCAUCAACCCUGUUCUAUUUGCCUCCUGGCGCAUGUCAAACUCGACGAAAGACCGUUUAAGGGGUUACUUCAGAUUUAGCAGCAGAAGUCGAACAGGAAGCCAGGUUUAAGGAUAAGAAUCAGAGGGAGAUGUUAAAAGGGCAUAAAAAGACUGAGCACGAUUUCUCUUCAGAUACCAUGCGGAGUCAUUUACGGAUUGCAGAGCAUUCAAUAUACCGAUCGUUAUCACACAGAUUCGGUGUCAUAACGCCAAUGAGUGUGUUAUCAGAGUGGUGGCACCUAGUACGUAAAAUGUAGAGGAUAUUAAAGUAAUUUCCUUUUCAUUUAAUAUUCAUAAAACAGGUCAAAAUAUAUUCCAUCGCCUAUAACAUUGAAACUGAUGUAAGAUUAUGUGUGUCAGCAUAUGAAUGGCAUGGAAACUGAUGUAAGAUGAUUCUGUUUAUCAACAUAUGAAUGGCAUUGAAACUGAUGUAAGAUUCUGUUUAUCAACAUAUGAAUGGCAUGGAAACUGAUGUAAGAUUCUAUUUAUGAAGAUAUGAAUGGCAUUGAAACUGAUCUAAUAUUCUGUUUAUCAACCUAUGAAUGACAUUGAAACUGAUUUAAGAAUCUGUUUAUCAACAUAUGAAUGGCAUGGAAACAGAUGCAAGAUUCUAUUUAUGAAGAUAUGAAUGGCAUUGAAACUGAUCUAAUAUUCUGUUUAUCAACCUAUGAAUGACAUUGAAACUGAUUUAAGAAUCUGUUUAUCACAUAAUCUGAUAAUUACAUUGGCAAUUUUAGGUGCAUUUCAAAAAUCGAAGAAAAACAUAUUGUACUGGAAGACACAGAUAGGACAUUGCUAUCAGGAAACAACUUUAAUUUGAUAAAAAAAAAGUUAUAUCUUUACCCGGAUGCCAUAUACGCUUUGAUUUAUCUGAAUAAUGACAUGGUUCAAAAUAAGCAUACGUACUUUUUGAAUCUGAUAUUUGCAUCUUAUGAACCUUAUUCAAUAAUGGGGCUAUUGUUCCUUCCAAUUUAGAUUUUAGCAUUUCUUUCGACCUUAUUAAGCCGCCGACUUUAUAUCAACACUUCAAGCCAUUAGCGUCACUGACGAGUCCUAAAAGGACGAAACAUUUUUAUGACGCAGCGCUAUUCUGUAAAUAACUCUCAAUAUGUAAUGAAAGGUGCUUAUAUCGCGUGUGUCUUUUUGUACAAUAAUGACAAAGUAAAUAGACAGUCAGUAUUUAAAUUUCAUCAUAGGCAUGAUGCUUUCUGAAGUAAUGCGAUGUAGGCUUUUCCCCACAAAUAUGUUUACCGACAUCGUCAAUGUACAUCUAGCGUGUUUGAGCUAGACCGCUUUGACUGGUCAAGUUAGAUAUGUUUGCACUCGUGUAUAUCAAUCUGAUUAGAUUUUUUGUGUAAAUAUAUUUUUAUAAUGAAGAUGAUACAUAUGUUAUAUAAAACUAUAAUUGAAGGCAUACUGAUGAUUUGUGUCUAGUACAUUGCAAUGUACAGGUUUGGGUGCAUUUGUUUAGUUCCGUUGAUGAGACCCUCAAAUCCUAAAUAUUUUCAACGAUGAUGCCAUUCCUACCAUGUUUAAAGUUAUGGAACAGCGAAGUUGUUUCGGGAAAUUAUAUUUCCUUUUUUCUUUUAUCAUUUAUCAUAACCCGUUCAGGAGCGGGGAAAGAGCGUGUGUUGUAUUACAAUGCAUGUUGUAUUAGGCGAUAUAUUGGGGGGACCAAGAAUGAUCAGGAAAUGAUUCGGUGUCUUUCGUUUUCAAGAAAUCGAAUACUCACGAACAAAAUGUCCAAUCUUAAGAGAGAACAAAAUGUGUGUCCCUUCAGAGAUUUCUUUUAUUCUGCAAGAGCUUUUUUUCAGUGUGUACUGCUGGCAGAACAUUGAAGCGUCAAAAAUAGAUCUACAACCCCUAUUCUAACACUUAUGAACUUCCCUUUCUCCUUUUCGAUAAAAAGAAAUAUACAACCCCUACUGUAACACUAAAUUUGGACUUCUCCUUUCUCCUUUACGACCAAAAUUGAUCUACAACCCCUACUUUAACCUUUGGACUUCCUCUUAUUCUUUACGAUCAAAGUAGAUCUUCAACCCCUACUAUAACACUGGACUUUCCCUUAUCCUUAACGACCAAAAUAGGUUUGGACUUCCCCUUAUCCUUUAUUUUCUGUCUGUUCCUUUCUUCUGUUUUUCAUUUCUUCCUCUGUGUUGUUUUCGAAUGUUGUUGUCACUCUACAUCCGAAAGACUGGCUCUUGCGAGACCUUUAUCAUAUUUCCGGUUUGCUCCUUUUCUUUUGAGGUUUCUUGUCUAGAUAAAUACCUGCCCUAAUACGAGCAGGCUGGUGCGAUGUAACGUUAAACCCGCAAAAAGUAAUUCAUUAUAUCAAACACAUCUUUUUUACUCAUUAUUUGAAUAAACAAAAGACUGGGACAGCGAAGUUAUACCAGGAAACCAAAAGUUCCUUAUACCGUAUAAUCGGUUAUUUUCGCGGGGAAGACAUCGACGUGGAAAUAAUAAAAUACGGAUAACUAUUAUCCGCGAAAUAAUGUACGGGUUGACUAAUUAAUUCUGUCGUCAUAUUGAACCCUCAUUACCUGACUCGGUCGCCUACAAUCAUCCAAGGUUAUUUCGAUAAAUAUAAUUGUUCAGAAUAGAUAUAUGAUGUUUGAAUGCUUUUUCUAUACCUGUAACACAUUCGGAACAAACGCCUAAUGAAAAGGAUAGAGAUAACUCGAAUAGGCAAAAAUAAGAUAUCCUUUUAUAGCCAGAUCGCGACAGAUGAAUUCGUUUAGUUUAAUUAUUUUUGUUUUAAAUAAAAGUAGUGAUGAUUUUGACCCACGAAGCGAAACUGACCCGUUAAAGAUAGACGUUAUUGAUUAAUGAUCAUUAUAUUAACUAUGUUCUCAUUACAUAUUUUUAUGUACAUAUUUCAUAUAUAAUCAUAUCAAUAUGUUUAAAUAACAAAGAUACCAUGAGUAUUAUGAAGACAAUAUAAUCAUUAUAGUGUACAUUGGUGGUUGAAACUUUGUUGUUACAAAACAUGUAUAUAUUAAACAGAAUUUGAAAUGUGCCUUUCUGAAUGAGUGCUUAAAUAUCGGUAUUAAUUAUGAAUAAUAAUUUUCAUGACAGAUAUGCUUAGCUUUUAUUUGUGCAUGUCGAUUCAUUGAUGCGCAAAUGUUGUACUGCUCCAUUAAUAUUUUACAUUAAGAAAUCCAUUCAUGAUAUCUGUUAUUAGUUUAAUGAAUUAUACAUGAAUAUUUUAAGUUUGAAAAUUGACAUGUUAUCUUAAGCAGUUUUGCAUUCUAGCUUUGUUAGAAUUACUUAUUGUUUUCUAGACUAUUCUUGUUUUCCAGAAGCCGACAGAAUUUUGGGUAACGCCUUCUUGCAUUUCAAUCCGGGCUUACAAGAGGUUGAUAUAACAUGUUUAAAAAAACCUGGUAAAUUUCGGUAAAAUAUGUUUAUAAUUAAGCGAAAUUUUUUAUCGCCUAGCUAUUAUGAUUCAACAUCUAUCCAAAAUGCGGUAUUUCCACAUAUUCCAUUGUGUGUAAUUAUCAACAAAUUUUAAAAUUAAAAUUGCUAAUUCUUGAAAUGAGACGCGUGUAAAUAUUCUGAAGUGAUUUUGUGUUGUGUUGAUGUCAGUAACACCUUGAUAGAACAUGAUAUUGUAUACCUUUUUCUACAUGCAAAAUGGCGGGUAUUAUCAAUGAAGACCAAUACCCUUCUGGACCAUCUAGCCUUAUCUUUAUUGUACUAUUUUGUAUAUUUGUUAAUUAAUAUUGAUUUUACUUAACAUACUGUUUUUUUCAUUGUUGUUUUUCAAAUCAUUGUUUCCAUGUUGCCUUUGUUCUCUUCUGGAGUUCGGUUGUAAUUUUUUGGUAGAAAUUAUCGCUAAUUCGAUAUAUAACUAUUUCUGACACGAAACAAAAUAUGCAUAUGGCAGUUGAUAUUUAAUUAUAAAUAUGUAUUAAAUACAAACUUCAGAUGAUUCUUACACAGAUCUGCGCGCGUGAAGGUAUUCUUCCGCGUGAAAAGCCAUGUGUGACGUCAUAUAUCUGAUGUUCUUUACAGUUUACCUCCUGAAUAAAGCACUAGUGUUUGUAUCCAGUGUUCCCGCAUACAGAACACUGUUUUCCCCCUGUAUUGAGAGGUAUUGUAGGGUCUGAUUUGAUCACAGUCGUUCUGACUAAUGAGAGUUAUACGAACGUAAGAGAUAUGUAUCCUACUGAUUUUCAUUUCUUGAGAGCGGAAAAUAGUCGUCAAUGAACUUUGCAUAAACAACAUAUGGUAUUUUACUGUAUGCAGAUGCGCGGAUGUAGGACGGAUGUCUUUUUCAGAAUUUAUCUUUAGAAGUUUGUCUGACAGGAACAGGUAGGGAACAUAAGUUUCGCAUGAACGGGACACGUGCAUCUGCCUUCUUGCCGAUGUGAGUUUUCCUUUUCAGUAACCCUUUACAGAUAUAUCCAGAUUUCUCCGGUGGCAUAUAUCUUUGCCUCGACUUGUGGUUGAAACGGAGGGAUUCCCUAGACAAAACAAAAAAGAAAUCGUCAUGGGGCCGCGUCAACAGUAUAAUCACAUGACAAUUCCACUUGUAACGUCUAAAUUGCCUUAACAGGAGUCCAGGGGGUAGAUCACCCGUCUGUGGUGAUAUGGGGAUCAUGUUUGUCAACUUAUCAACUUAAGAGCUCCCUAUUUCUGUAUCAACUUGGUGAAAUGUUACAUUUACCUUCAUCACUAGAGAGGACAAGCAGUUAUAUUGGGUACAAUUGUUUCAGCAUCUGGUUGAGCCUGUAUGAUAGCCUUUGUUACAACGUUUUAUUCGAAAUGCAUGUUUGGGUGUGUCGUUCAUAGGAGUACAGCUCAUUGUGAUGAAUUAUUUUUCUGGUACAUGUUCUGUUAACUUUGUGGAUGGUUUGUGAUAAUCGUGUGUAAAUAUUAAUGAAUAAAUCACAAAACGUCAGCCA